GGGGAUGGCAGGAAGGGCUCGGCGGGAGGCCCCGCGUGCACCCCCGCGGAGGGUUCGGGGCCCGCGGUGGGAAAGGAGGGGGAGGCCGAGUCUCCCCUUCCCGGGGUCCGGCCCUGCGUCCUCCGGCGCUGCCUCUGUGCUCUUGCUGCCCCCUCUUUUGAACGUCGCCUGCCCGUUGCAUUUGCGCAGCUUUUAGCUUUCUAAGCGGGAGCUGGAGGAGGGAGUGCAGGCUGUUCUCUUUAACCCCGUCCGAAAACGGAGACCCUCGGACUCUUCAGUUAGCAGAGCUGGGCCUGGAACCACCCCAGAGGGCGCUCUGCGGCCCAGGAGUCAGCAACACCACGGUGGGAAGCCAGAGGCUACGCCCGGGAUGGUGGAGACCAGGGACCUGGUGCAGCUGCGUCAGCUCAGCCUGGAGCUCCUGGGGCAGCUGUGGGCUGGGCAGGAGGCCGUGCGGCGGUCGGUGGCCAAGGCGGCCUCAGCGUCAAACCUGGACUCCAGCAGCAGCUAUGAGUCAGAGACGCCAUCGUCCCAAGAGAUGUCCUCAGCGGCCCCGAGAACCUCCUGUCCAGAGGAUGCCCACCAAGGUGACCCCUGUGAUAGAUCCGGGCCUGGAGGGGCCAGCUCUGGGGUGAUCUCUCUCCCACCUGCCAAGUGCCACCACCAGGAGGCCCUGGGCCCACUGAGGCCCCACUCGGCGCCCUUGCUGUCUACUUCAGACUCGAAUGACCCGGAGCUUUCAGUAGAGCUGGACGGUCUGCCUCAGGAGGUGCAGGCCCUGAGGUCCGUCCCGGAUCAACAAAGCAAGCUGCCCAAGCCGAGAGUGACCUUCAAGAAGGAGUCUCCAGUGCCUGAGGGGGUCUGGCGCUUCCGACCGUACCUGGGCUACGACUGGAUUGCAGGGUCUCUGGACAGCAGCUCUCCCGUCACCAGCAAGCCCGAGGCCUUCUUCUCGAAGCUGCAGAAGUUCCGGGAAGCCAACAAGGAGGAGUGUAUUUGCAGUGAGCCCGACCCCCAGGUCCUGAGCCUGCAUGAGAACGGUGGUGUCGAGGGAGACCACGAAUGCGUCUACUGUUACCGUGUCAGUCGGCGCCUGUUCCUGGUGCCUUCGGAUCCCGGCAGCCCCUGCCGCCUGUGCAGGGUGCCCCGGGGCCAGCGGGGCCCUGAGACCCUGGCAGAGCCAGCGCAGGUCAGGGUGAGCGUCCCACUGUCCAUCCUGGACCCCCCACACCAGUACCGCAUCCACCGGCGGAAGAGCUUCGACGCCUCCGACACGCUGGCCCUGCCCCGGCACUGCCUGCUGGGCUGGGACAUUCUCCCGCCGAAGGCUGAGAAAAGCUCAGCCCCUGAGAGCCUGGGUCUCUGGUCCUGUGUCUCCUCCAAGGCCCAGCACCGGAAGCUGUCAGCUGCCAGCCCUUCCUGCCUGGUGUGGUCCAGGCUGCCCCGGAGCAGGCCUGGGGACUGCAGAGUCCCCGGGAGCGGGAUGGGGGUGGGGAGUGCAGGGCCUCAAAGCAUCUCUUCACAGGGGCCCGUCCCCCCAGCCCUGACCCAAGGCACUCUUCCAGGGUCCACCACUCCCUGCUAGCUACCUCACCCCACCCAGGAGGGUGACCGUAACUCUAAGGUCCAGAAGGGGAUGAGGCUGGAACUGGGGGCGACAUGCUCCCAAAGUGGUCCCCUCUGACACCUCCUCAUUCACCAUCCAGGCCCUGCCAACACGAGUCCCGCCCCCCACCCCGAUCUGGUCAGAAUCCCAGGUCCCCCGGCCCUGCACCCCCGAGCUAAAGCCCUGAGGAC